AUGAAAUACGCAUGCGAGAAAUAUUAUGAACUGCAUGGACCGGAAUUCAGAAGAUGUGAGGAGGAUGGAGAAUGGACAAGACCCACCCCGUUUUGCAAUCCAGUAUGCGGGACGAAGGAAAGUCAAAUUCAGCUCUCAGCAGGAGGAAAUCCAUCUGAAAUUGGAGAAUGGCCAUGGCAAGCGGCCAUUUAUGACAUCAAGAAGGGAGAUGUUGUUUGUGGAGGGGCUCUCAUUAGGGAAGAAUGGGUGCUAACAGCUGCCCAUUGUGUCGUUGUAGAGGGUUCCCUCAGAACUCGGCACUCUGAAGAAAUUUUUGUCUAUCUUGGGAAGCAUAUUCGUUCUUAUGUCAAGGAAGAUGAACACGUGUCUCGCAUAAUCUUGCACAGGGACUUCAACGUAUAUAAUAACUACGACUCGGACAUAGCUUUAUUGAAACUAACAAGACCUGCCGUGUUAACGGCGCGAGUUCAGUUGGUAUGUCUCCCGAACAGAUUUGAUUUAUCUGAGGCAAACCUCGACAGUGGAGUGCCAGGAUGGGUGGCCGGUUGGGGUCAUGACGGUUCGGAUGAACUCGCAGCUGUCCUGACUGAGGUUCAACUCCCGGUCAUAUCCAAUCGCAAAUGUGUUCGGGACACCCUUAAUUUCACAGGGGACCCCGGGGUCACUCGUACCCUCACCUCAAAUAUGUUUUGCGCUGGUUUUUCUGCGGAUACUCCUCUUGAAGAUUAUCGAACAGUGUGUCAAGGGGACUCAGGGAGUCCCAUGGUCUUCCUCUCAAAUUCAUCACGGGACAGCCACUGGACAGUGGAAGGGAUUGUUAGUCACUUUUUCCAGAAAGGUACUUGUUCCAUGAGACGCCCUGGACAGUAUGGCAUUUUCACCAAAGUCAAUAGCAUACCGGCAGAGGCCGUUUAA